CAGUACAUUCUACAAGUAGAAGUAUCCCAGUUACAGUCAGCGAGUGCCUCGGGGCGGUCGCGGAAGUAUAUCGCUCUCUUACUGAUAUCCCUUUUGAUGUCGAUGAAAAAUAUUUUCGUGAUACAGAAAGUGAAGUCAGUUACACUAUACAUUUUUAGAAACCUCCUAAGUAUACCUACUUCUAAAUUUUCAUAGAAAUGCUUAUAAUAGAUUUAUCAAUCCCGUGUCGGGUAUGAAAAUAAAAUACCAAUGUGAAUAGAUUAGAUACUAUACACACAAAGAAAAACGGAGUAGUACGUAUUGACCAAUGGUAACAGUCACAGAACUUUAUCAACAGUAGUGGCCAUGAGCUCAACUACGUCACCCAGGUCUUCUCUGGCCAAGCUGGUUCUCUACCCUAAGCCAAAACCUUUCAAAGUGAUGGUGCUGGGCCAGGCAGGGGUUGGCAAGUCAGCAAUGGUGGUAAGAUUUAUCACUCGACGUUUUAUCGGGGACUAUGACCCCAAUUUAGAAAAAAUAUACGCGUUCCAGACUGUAAUUGACAACGAGAUGGUUUAUUUUGAAAUAUUGGACUCAGCGGGCGAAUCACAUGAAAGUGAAUAUGCGAACUUGGAGAACAACAUUCGUUGGGCGGAGGCUUUCAUUCUCAUGUACUCCGUGACGGACAAAUGUUCAUUCGACGAGUGUCACCGGCUCAAGUUUCUCAUCAACUACAACAAGAGGAAACGAAGGCUGGCUUCUUCUAUGAAGGAAGGUCUCCCGGAAACACCAGUAGUGCUGGUGGGGAACAAAGCAGACCAAGCCGGGGACCGCAUGGUCUCCACCGAGGAAGGCCAGCGCCGCAGCAAGGAGAUCGGCUGCGUUUGCUUCCAUGAGAUUUCUGUCCGAGAGAGCAUUGAUCAGGUAUGGGGGGUAUUCCGGGAUGCGCGCCGAUUCUGGCGCGUGAGCAGCAAGUGGCACCGCGGGCGCUCGGACGCUGACGUCCACCCCACCGCACUUGGCCGCCCUCUCGCCCGUGCAGCCUCAGAUACCGCCUCGGAGACUGUCUCCACACCCUCCGCACCAUUUGUUUUAUUUCUAGGUUGCUGGACAGAGGUAGAACUAAAGGAGGAGGAAGAUCAGAUGGGCAUGGCUCGCAGUGACUCCACAUCCUCCUCCGGCAAGUCGGAGUGUCCCGACGAGUUCCGAGCCCGUGCCAGCACAGACUCCCGUCUCCCUCCCCGCCCCGCCAGAACGCGCCACCCGCCCCCUUGCAGGCCCUUGCCGACUCCAGUGAGGAGGAUGAGUGUCGCUAUGAAGGGAAACAACCCUAGCACCUAUUGAACAGUCCAGUGUUGAAUCACCCGCCUAUAAACUAAAGCCUGGAAUCGCAAAAGUAGUCAACAGCUUCCGGGUCCUUCUAAAAUUGUAACAUUGAUUACCGACUUAUGUACUAAUUCAGGAUAUUCAACGAGUUUUUCAGGUAGCGAAAGUAAAAAAGAAGUACGGAUACCUGAGCAAGCCUUUCGAUACAUGAUUGGUACGGUGAAUCAACAUCAAAUUCGGUGCAACUCACCCUAAGCCUGUUUUGGUUUUUUAAAUGUCAUAAUUAUUUAACCAAUAAAAGGCAUAAUGUAAAUAUAAAAAAGUCGAAACCUAUGUAUGUAUGGAUAUGAAAUAUUUUAAGUGUAUAUUAAAGGUAUUAAUAAGAGGUAAGAUUAUAAUAAGACGAAGUAGGCUUAAUAUGGUGGUACAUUGUAUUCUAAAAUGGCCAAUGAUAAUGAUGAAUGAGGGCUGGUAUAUAUCUCGCCCAGGGAAUCAGCAUUGCCAUACAAUGUAGCCCCGCUGGAAUAUAACGUGGCAAUGCUGCGCACAUGAAAAUCAAUGUCAAAUUUAACGGUGCAACUCACCCUUAAUCCGAUUAUGUGACGUGCGUCACAAUCCACUAAACGACCAGCCAAAUGUAUAAUUGAUCCAUUUAUAGGUACUCAAAGCAAAAAUAGCUAAAUUACAAUAUGUACCUAGUAGGUACCUAUGUAAUAUUAUAUAUAGUCUUUGACACGAAAACAAUGAAAACAGUACAACUAUAGGUGUAGUAUAAUAUGACUGUUUGUAUGUCAAAUUUAGUAUUACAAUUAAAUGAGAUGUGAGCUUUUGUAUUUUUGUGAAUCAGCGCUUGUGUUGUGCAUUCAUGGCUGUGUUUUUUAUGCACAUUAAUAAACGAAAUAAUGAAUAAACAAGAAUUAUUGACUGAAACACUACUUUACUAAUUCGUUGAGUAUAAUAUAUUUUAUCUACAAUACGAAUGUCAAUCUUGAAAUAAAAUUAGUCUAAGUAAACAAAUUAUAUUCCACUUUUUCUAAUUACAUAACAGUAUAUGUGCAAUAAUACCUACUCUGUACAUAAAAUAUGUGAAGUACUUAUGCAAUAUUUUGGACAUUUGGUCUAAAUUUCUCCUUUUCACGCCAACCGGUGCAGCUAGAAAAGAUAAUAUCCAAAUUAAAUCACACCUAAUCAUCUAUAUAUUUACUGAUAUGUAGGUAUAAUGCAUGAUGCUAUACCUACUCAACCAACAUCACAGAGGAAAGAUCUUUCGCGUUGGGAAUGAAUGGCUGGAGAGCCGUAAUUCCCGAGGAUGGUGACGACUACUAUGAGGAUAAAGCUAUUUGUAUUUAACUACCACAUAUCAACCACAUAUCUCGAAUUAUUUCUGGAGGUAGAUACCAAUAACCCCGCCAGCAACAAUCCCUCAACAGUUAGUAAUAAGCACCCUGAGCUUUAAUAAGUACCUAUUCGUUAUCAGAUAUAGAUAUGUCAUAAAGU